AUGGCCAAAGUUGAUAAUUUUAGGUUGAAUGUAAACCUUUGUAAACCUCAUACUGGGAUCAGUACUUUUUUCUCUAAAACCAUCUUAUUGUGGUGGAAUAAUAUUGAAGUUUUUACCAAGUUCGCAUAUGAGAAAGACCCAACAGUAACUGCAAAGCAAGUGUUUGAUCAAUACUUCCGGAGCCUCUUUGAAAUUGCAACUAUCAAAAACAUUGAUGUUAAUGUUGCGCAAUACGUCAAUAAUCUUCGCAAAAACAUAGUUAAAACCGAAUAUUUGAAAGUUAUUGACGGUAUUUUAAUGAAAAAAACAACUGAAUAUGCAAAAACAAGAAAAAGGAAGAUGACUCAAAUCCAAAAUAAUUUUAAAUUCACGGCGGAAGAAGAUAAAGAAAAUCAUAGAACAGCUGUGUACAACGACGAUGAAAUUAAUAAUUUUUUCCAAAGUCCACCCGAAAGUCAAUCCCAGCUCUUUGAAAAGGUUGUAAGUGACGAGGAUGAAUCAUUUGAGUCUGACUAUGAAGCAGAUGAAGACGAAGGCGAAUGUGAUAAGUCGCCUCCAAAAAUUGACAAAUCGGCAUUUUGUGAAGCACAUAAUACGAUUCCAGACAAUACCAAGAUGCGGUUGAAAUCAGGAAGGAUGGUUGAAGAUGUCCUUUUUAAUUACGUUAAGGAUAAGGAAUAUGAAGAUGAAAUUGAAUGGGAAGAAUUAAUUUUUGAUCGAUUAAGCGUUCCUUCACUUCCACAAGAAAUUGCUAGUGAACUGGCUCGGUAUAGAGCAAAAUCUUUAGAAGAACUUCGAUUGAAUAGAGCGGGGCUAAUCACAAUUUUUCGUAAAGAUCCCCAAGUAUACUAUUUAGAUAGCAAGUUUUUAGCAGAAGGAAUCAAAACCUUUCUUAAAUUUCUAGCUACAGUUUAUCGGUGUAAGCAAAUUAUAAAAAAUAAUUUAGAUAUACUGAAUCAGAAGGAAAACAAUGAUAUUGAGUCGAACGAUGAUGAAUUAUAUAAUGAAUUAAUGGGAGUUAGUAGAUCAUCUACAUCUUCACCAUCUUUACACUUGGUGAAGUAUUUUGCUGAUUGUUGGAGAACACCCAAAACAAAGAAGAAAUCCAAGUCGAAAAAAUGGAAGCUAAGAGA